AUGUCUCCAGGUCCCAUUGUUGCCACAACCGCCGACGGAACCACCGACCAACAACUCCCCUCCGUCGACGAAACAACCCUCAAGAAGGCACAUCUUCCCCAGGAAGAAAACGAUGCUCCUAUUGUCGAGGAUGACGACGACGACGAGAAAGAUGAAUCUGACGACGAGGAAGAUGACGCCGCUCAAGGUGGUACUGAAGGUUCAAAGCAGAGUAGAAGUGAGAAGAAGAGUCGCAAAGCAAUGUUGAAACUGGGACUAAAACCAAUUGACGGUGUUAGUAGAGUAACAAUCAAAAGAACAAAAAACAUAAUGUUUUUCAUCUCAAAACCUGAUGUCUUCAAGAGUCCAAAUUCUGAGACCUACGUUAUAUUUGGGGAGGCAAAAAUAGAGGACCUGAGCUCUCAAUUGCAGACACAAGCUGCUCAACAGUUCAGGAUGCCAGAUAUGGGAUCUAUUAUGGCAAAACAAGAACAGGGUGCUGCAGCUGAUGGUGCACAGCCUGAAGAGGAAGAGGAGGUUGAUGAAACUGGUGUGGAAGCCCACGAUAUUGAUCUGGUCAUGACACAGGCAGGAGUGUCAAGAAGCAAAGCCGUCAAGGCUCUCAAGACUCACAAUGGAGACAUUGUUGGUGCCAUCAUGGAGCUAACUAAUUAA